AUGAAGUUGUCGACGCUCUUCAACCAUCCGACGCGUUCCCAAGACGAAGACGACGUGACGACGCGCGUUGCCCGCAUGGUGCACGACGCGCAGGCGCAAGGAUGGGCCCACGACGUCGGUCUCCGCUUCAUGAACGUGACGUGGGAAGACUGCGCGCGCAGCAAGAACAGCUGCUGGGGGCCGUGCAUCUCGGACAUGACGCUCAUCGUCGAGAACACGCGCAUGCCGGUCCUCCGCGUGCCCAACUUUGCCGACCCGAUCAUGAGCAUUCCAACCCGCAAGAUCUUUGUCACGGUCGGGAACGAAUCGCCGUAUAUUCGCACGCCCCGAAGCACGAUUUCGCUCCAAGAGUACCUCGAAAACAUCACCAAGUACACGGAGCUGGAGCAUAGCUUGUUUGCGCCCGACCACGACGACCACGCGGUGGUGAGCACGCAAGCCAGUUUUUUGCCCAUUGAAACCGAGACCACGGAGUUCCACGUUGGCUUGUACAACUACCAGUCGUCCGUUGAUGACCCGGCCGUGCUCGUCUUGGUGUGCACGGCAGCGGGCACAAGUGCCCAGGUCAUGACGGAGAGCGACGCGAUCUUGUACAGCAACGAGCAGGGGGUUACGUCGAAUGGCGCCAUGACGGCGCGAGAGGAGGCAUGCAACUACGUCAUGAUUGUGCAGAUCCCGCUCCAGCAAAAGCCGCCGCCGCCAAUGCGCCAGUACAGCAACGUCGCGUCGUGGUCCUGCGAAGAGGAAGAAGAGUGCGCAGUGGGUGGGUUUGCUACGACGCUCGAGCGGCCCGACGUUGAAGAGGCCAUGGUGAGCCUCGGCGAGGCCCUCGGACCGUUCCCGAAGCUGAGCCAGUUUCGCAACGUGACCCGCGACGCCCGGUACCCGAUUCGCGUGACGAUUCAGUUUUACCAAGCGACGAGCAACGGAGUCGUGACGCGCGAGAUCGUCGAGCGUCUCAGUGACCGCAUGGAGCAAGUCAAGGCCAACGCAACGUGGUGGGGCUCCCUUGUCUGCAAAGGCGACGCGUUCUUUGGCGGUUGCAGUGACUAUUAG